CAGAACACCGGGGGAAACGCGUGUGUGUGAAUCAGAGGGAGGAGAUGCUGAACACUCAGACUCGCACACAUAUUGAUCAUUUAAAAGAGAUCCUCACACCUACACGAGAUCCUGCACUUCUCCCACAGAGAAGAUGCUUGUUCAGGGAUGAGAAAAGCCUUAUCGCAGGUUUCGGUUCCGAGCAGAAGUUGUGGCUUUCUUCGGAGGUGUGUGUCGUCUUGCUCAUGCAAUAGCAGUAUCAUGGCAGCCUUCAAGGGUGUGUGGACUCAGGAAUUCUGGCGAGCGGUUUCGGGGGAGUUUUUAGCCAUGAUGAUAUUUGUACUGCUCAGUUUGGGAUCCACUAUCAACUGGGCAGCAACACAGGAGAACCCUCCACCUGCCGACCUCGUCCUCAUCUCUCUCUGCUUUGGUUUAUCCAUUGCAACCCUGGUCCAGUGUUUUGGGCACAUCAGCGGUGCCCACAUUAACCCGGCCGUCACUGCGGCGAUGGUUGCUACACGGAAGCUGAGUCUGGCAAAGGGUGUGUUUUAUUUGUUGGCACAGUGUCUGGGGGCAGUGGUGGGGGCGGCUAUCUUGUACGGAGUGACACCAGCAUCAGUGAGAGGAGGAAUGGGAGUGACUUCUGUCAAUGCUGAAAUCUCCACCGGUCAUGCAAUUGUGAUAGAGCUCAUAAUCACUUUUGAGCUUGUCUUCACUGUCUUUGCCACCUGUGACCCCAAACGCAGUGAUCUCAAAGGUUCAGCAGCCCUGGCUAUUGGACUGUCAGUGUGCAUCGGCCAUCUGUUUGCUAUCCCGUACACUGGAGCCAGUAUGAACCCAGCUCGCUCUUUUGGGCCUGCUGUCAUCAUGGCAAAAUGGCAGGACCAUUGGGUGUACUGGGUGGGCCCUUUAAUAGGGGGCAUCCUGGCUGCAGCUGUGUACGAAUAUCUAUUCUGUCCCGACCCUGACCUGAAGCGCCGCUAUGCUGACAUCCUCUCCAAGAGCCCCUUCCAAAUCGACCCGUAUCGAGUGGUGGACACAGACUCGUACCCCAGCGAUCAAGCUCAGCUCAUGGCCAAGCAGGCAGCGAUCAGAGUGCUGGACCGGGAGAGGACACAGAAGAAGGAGAGGGAGUCUGCUGGAGAGGUGCUGUCGUCCGUAUGACUAGUGAGAGGCACUGAGGAGGAACAGCACAACACUUACAGCAUUAAUGAGCUCAAAGAGACAGAUCUGAUCUAGAGUCACACUGUGUGUUUGUGCACAGAUCCUCUACAGAAUGACUCACAACACUUGACUUUAAUCAUUAAGAAUGAGCUACGAACCGCCUAAUGGUCUCGCUUAAAACGCUCUUCCUUGUAAGCCAGUCACAGGCCAUAGAUCUCAUAUCCGAUAGAAUCCACUUUGAAGAUUUUAGUCAGUCACUGAACAUCCUUUAGCAGAUGCACCUCAUCAACUACUGAAUCGAUAACUAAAUGGGAUUCUCACAUCUACGCAAAUGUUACGCUUUUGUUUGGUCUUCGGGUUAUUACCUGGCAGUUAGGGUUGAGAUUAGACCAUCACCAUAAUAAUGCAGAUCAUUUUCCUUCUCAGUGCACUCUCUAUGAAUUAACCCCUUCUGUCCCCAUCUUCUCCCUUUUAAAUCUAAUGUUGCUUAGAGUAUUUUUAUAGCUUUUUUUUCUUUAAGGUUAUGAAUGUUGUAUCUUUCGAUGCUGCUGUCAGAAAUCUAUUCAAAUGCAAUCCCUGAAUGAGUUUUAUUUUCUACUUGAACUGAAAAGGCAUGAUUUGUCUGCUUAUGAUUUUAGUUCUGUCUUCACCUUCUCCCUUUGAGAUCGAAUGUUGUAUUCAGUAUUUUUAUAUUUUAUGUCUGUCUUUAAGGCUAUUAAUGUAAUUCUUUUAGCCCAAAAUGCAUAAUUUGUCCGCCUGUGAUUUUACUUGUUAAAAUCACUCGUACUGUGUCCUUCCACCUUUACUUAUUCUCAUACUCUCGAGAAAACAUGUAAUCAAUGCAAAAUGUUAUCAUGUUUUAGAUUAAUUUUUCUUUUAGGUUCAGAAGUUUUUUUGUUUGUUUUUUGAGACAAUCAAGCAUAAUCACUCUCAGUUCUUUCAUAUUAAUAGCCAACCUGUUAUAAAAGUAUGUCAUUUUAGGCUUAUUAUUUAACUGUGUUGGAUACUUAAAGUUAUUUGUUAUGUAUAUAAAUUUUUCCAUAAUUAUUAUAUUAUAUUAUAUUAUAUUAUAUUAUAUUAUAUUAUAUUAUAUUAUAUUAUAUUAUAUUAUAUUAUAUUAAAGAAAAGUAACUGGAAUGUCUUAUGGAAGUUAAAAAGUAAAGAGCUUCUGUAAUUCUUGUUUGUGUUUCCAUGUCUUUACCAGCAGAGGGCUGCACAUCCUUAAAUUGCGUCGUUAGACUGAAACUCCAGUAAUGCUGAAGCACAUUUUGUUAAUGUUAGUGAUAUUGAGAUAUUGAGAUAUUGUUCCAUGGGGCGUUUAGCUCCCCUCUUCUCUGGGGAGUGAUCAAACCAAGACUGUCUUGUAGAAUGCAGAAGAAACUGAUUUUUGUUUGAAUCAUUUUAAUAAUGUUUGAUGUUAAGACUUGAGAAAGAAAUUGGUAAAGUCAUGGGAAUUUCUGUUUAAUAUAAUGUGUUUAAAAUUUGUUGCCAAUAAUUAGUUCUUUAUAUUUGCAACCUUCUUUAUUUUGUAACUCCUUUAUCCCAAAUGACAUCAUGGAUAGAUCCUGUGAAUUCAUUGGUUAAAAAGUGCAGGAAUCCGGUUGUCUGUGUGUGUUUGUGUGUCUGUGUUUGUGUGUGUUUGUGUGUGUGUGUGUGUGUGUGUGUGUGUGUGUGUGUGUGUGUGUGUGUGUGAAUCAGAAUGGGAGGGAGUGAGGAAGAGUGUGCACUGUUUAUAUUUUUAUUUAUAAUUAAGAAGGUGGUUAAUCCCAAGGCUUUUGACUGUAACAGAGGCAGCCCCCCGUUCUUCAAUCCCUCCCUCAGCUAUUUAUGGAAAUUUAAAUCUUAAUUGCUCCACUUAAAUUAAUUGGAGACGGAAAAAAACUCAGCAGUUAGUCUGUUCAAAUAUUUAUUUUCCCAUGUGACUACAAAGGAGAUUCUCCAUCAUAACGCACAUCGAAAGCUACCCAAACUACUGACUAGCAGCAUCAAAGCCUUCUGGACUGAGUGUGCACUAAUCCAACUUCACAGACUCACAAGUCAUCACAGAUAUUAAACACCAAAACAAGUGAUGGAAAUUGAAAAAAAGAGUCAGUCAUUUAGGCCAGUGCAGACCUAAGAACUCACACACAAAAAAUACACGUGUAUGCACAUACAUACAUGUACAAAAGUCUGAUGCAGUGACAGUUGAAGCCAGGGCUCGAGGCUAAACACAAUAAACAAUCUGACAAUGAAUAUUCAUGCCUGCUCACACUGUGGUUUAGUUUAAUACUAAGCAGCCCAAUGAAUAUUCCUGGAGACAAAUUAAAGUGGGCUGUGUGUGGAAGGUCUGAUCUUCCUGAUUGUAUACACAAAGCUGGGUUUAAGUCUUAAAUAUUCUGAAGACAUACAGAGGCCUUUUUCUGCUACACUUGCUGGUCUUCCUUAAAAGUCUCUUUGAGUGACUGAAAUCAUUAAUAUUAGAAAACAUGCAUAAAAUAACAUUGUCAGGGCCAGGCUCAAGUCCUGAUAAUGUUGUUACCUGAUUACAUUAUUUAUUUAUGUUUAGCUUUCUGUCUCUGGACAGGUCACCUCAACUGAACUUAUGUGUCAUGUAACAAAAUAAUUUGUAUUUGACCUAGCUUGUGGACUGAAAAUAAAACACUAACAUUGUCUGUUUCA